CAUGACCGUCUUCUUCUUUCGAAUCCAGAUUCAAAAAUUUUCCAUCGGAACUCUGAGGUUACUCCCACGAAACCCAGAUCUCUUCUCCGCUAUAAAGCCUCCUGCUUUAUCAUCUUUCUACUCCACACUCUCUUUGCGAAUCGAAGAACAGCCGAAGAGAUACGAGCACCACAAUGUCGCUACCUGCAUCGCCGCAUUGCAACGCUGCGCGCAGCGCAACGACGCCGUUUCCGGUGGGGAGCUACACGGCUUCAUGGUCAGAAAAGGGCUUCUCGACGACUCACCUCGCGCCGUCACCAGCCUCGUCAACAUGUACGCCAAGUGCGGCCUCAUGCGGCGCGCGAUCACCGUCUCCGGUGGAUCCGAUCGCGAUGUGUUCGCUUAUAACGCGAUUAUCUCUGGGUUUGUUGUGAAUGGGUUUCCUUACGAUGCUGUUGAGAUGUACAGAGAGAUGAGAGCUAAUGGAAUUUUACCCGAUAAGUAUACGUUUCCUAGUUUGCUUAAAGGAAGUGAUGCCAUGGAGGUUUCUGAUGUUAAGAAGGUUCACGGAUUAGCUUUUAAACUUGGGUUUGAUUCGGAUCGCUAUGUAGGGAGUGCGUUAGUGAGUUCUUAUUUGAAGUUUAGGUUGAUGGAGGAUGCGCAGAAGGUGUUCGACGAAUUGCCUGACAGAGAUGACAGUGUGCUUUGGAACGCUUUGGUUAUUGGUUAUUCUCAGAUAUAUAAGUUUGAGGAUGCUUUGAGAGUUUUUAGUCAAAUGCGUGAAGAAGGUGUUGCCUUGAGUAGGCAUACCAUCACCGGCGUCUUGUCAGCGUUCACCGUGUUAGCGGAUGUUGAUAACGGUAGAUCGAUCCACGGCCUCGCAGUGAAAACGGGGUUUGAUUCUGGAACCGUUUUGUCGAAUGCGUUGAUUGAUAUGUAUGGAAAGAGUAGGUGGCUAGAGGAAGCAGUCAAGAUCUUUGAAGCGAUGGAUAACGAGAGAGACAUCUUUACGUGGAACUCGGUGUUGUGUGUUCAUGACUACUGUGGUGAUCAUGAUGGAGCUUUAGCUCUGUUCAACAGGAUGCUUUGCUCCGGAAUCAGACCAGAUCUCGUUACACUGACGACAGUUCUCCCCACUUGCGGUCGUUUAGCUGCGUUGAACCAGGGAAGAGAGAUUCAUGGCUACAUGAUCGUCAACGGACUCUUAAACCGAAACUCCAAUGAUGAAUUCAUCAACAACUCAUUGGUGGACAUGUACGCGAAAUGCGGGGACUUGAGAGAUGCGCAGACGGUUUUCGACUCGAUGAGGAAUAAAGACUCAGCUUCUUGGAACAUUAUGAUUAACGGUUACGGUGUCCAGAGCUGCGGUGAGUUAGCUUUGGAUAUGUUCUCGCGCAUGUGCGAAGCAGGUGUCAGACCUGAUGAAAUCACAUUCGUUGGGUUGCUACAAGCAUGUAACCACUCAGGCUUUGUUAGCAACGGGAGAAGGUUCCUGGCGGAGAUGGAGACAGUGUACAACAUUGUCCCAACAAGUGAUCACUACACUUGUGUGAUAGACAUGCUUGGCCGUGCAGGGAAGCUAGAGGAAGCAUAUAAGUUAGCAGUAACAAUGCCUGUGAGGGAUAAUCCUGUUGUCUGGAGGUCAAUAUUAGCAUCUUGUCGUCUCCACGGGAACAACAUAGGCCUGGCGGAAUUGGCUGUAAAGCGGUUAUAUGAGCUAGAGCCAGAGCAUAGCGGCGGUUAUAUAUUAAUGUCUAAUCUUUAUAUGGAAGCCGGUGGAUACGAACGAGUUUUUGCCCUUAGAGACGCAAUGAAAGAACAGAAUAUGAAGAAGACAGCAGCUAGUAGCUGGAUUGAGGUCAAGCAUGAGCUUCACACGUUCUUUAACAGCGAUAAGACUCACCCGGAAUAUGAAUCUAUCGAGGCUUGUUUAAGUCCGUUGACUUCUCAUAUAUAUGGUGGUCAUCAGUAUACGCUGCUUGACGAUUAUGUCUAAUUUUGGUUAGUCAUAACCUUAAAAGAGUAUUAUAAUAUACUAAUAAUGUUGUGUGACAGACAAUUGUUUCCGGAUUAGAAUAUCUACGAACCAACAACAAAUGUUUGGCCAUUGUUCUGUAUUAUUAGCCCAGAGAGAUGGGACCAAUCUUGAAAACUGAAAUCACCUGGUCGAUCCAGGAUUAGCAGAGCUGUUUCCAAGAGC